CAGGCACAACUACCUGUCCCUUUCACAUUAUUAUCUUCUUUUUCUUAAACAAGUAACACAACGCUUGUAAGUUGGGCCACUCCCUUUCCCUUUUCUAUAAUAACCCACCUCCUAAUUCAUCACCCCAAACCCAUAUUCUGUGAGAGAUUCUGAUCACCAUCACUUUUUUGGUUUUCUUGAAUUCACUUCUCACCAUAUUCCUUAUUUUCACAACUGUCCUUCGCUACACCAGUUUGCCCACAUGGUUGCUGAACUUGGAGAGUCUGCUGCAAUGGACAACAACUCUAAUGGCGGCAGCAAUGUGUUCCAACUAAGAGUGAAGCAAGGAGAGCCAACUCUGGUUUCCCCUGCAGAGGAAACAGAGAAGGGUUUAUACUUUCUCUCCAACCUCGACCAAAACAUUGCGGUGACUGUUCGUACUAUUUAUUGCUUCAAGUCAGAUGAUAAAGGAAAUGACAAGGCAGGGGAAGUGAUCAAGAAUUCUUUGAAGAAGGUUCUUGUCCACUAUUACCCUCUUGCCGGGAGACUAACAAUCAGCUCAGAGGGAAAGCUCAUUGUAGAUUGCACCGGUGAAGGAGCUGUUUUUGUCGAGGCUGAAGCAGAUUGUAGAAUUGAAGAUAUUGGAGACAUAACAGAGCCUGACCCUGAGACUCUUGGACAGCUGGUUUAUGAUGUUCCUGGUGCCAAGAACAUACUAGAGCUGCCUCCUCUGGUGGCUCAGGUGACUAAAUUCAAAUGUGGAGGGUUUGCUCUAGGCCUGUGCAUGAACCACUGUAUGUUUGAUGGCAUUGGCGCUAUGGAAUUUGUGAACUCAUGGGCUAAAAUUGCCAGAGGUUUGCCAUUGACAGUGCCUCCAUUUUUAGACAGAAGCAUACUCAAAGCACGGAACCCACCAACUAUACAGCACCUGCAUCAAGAAUUCUCAGAGAUUAUUGGCACUUCCAGCACCAGUAAUGACCUUUCUGAAGAAAAAAUGCUAUACAACUCCUUCUGCUUUGACAGUGAGAAGCUUGAAAAAGUGAAAAUGAAAGCCAGGGAAGACAGGGUUCUUGACAAUUGCACUACAUUUGAAGCUCUCUCAGCAUUCGUGUGGAAAGCUCGAACCACAGCUCUAAAACUGUUGCCUGAACAACAAAUAAAGCUCCUAUUUGCUGUUGAUGGGAGGCGUAAGUUCAGCCCACCACUGCCAAAAGGGUACUUUGGCAAUGGCAUUGUGUUGACAAAUUCCAUCUGCCAAGCAGGUGAUCUGCUGGAGAAGCCACUGUCACAUGCAGUUGGGCUGGUUCAAGAUGCAAUUAAGAUGGUCACUGACAGUUACAUGAGAUCAGCAAUAGAUUAUUUCGAACUGACAAGAGCUAGGCCUUCUUUGGCCUCCACCCUCUUGAUCACAACUUGGUCUAGGCUGUCCUUCUACACAACUGACUUUGGCUGGGGAGAGCCUGUACUUUCAGGUCCAGUGGCAUUGCCUGAGAAGGAAGUCAUCUUAUUCCUUUCUAAUGGGACAGAAAAGAAGAACAUAAACGUGCUUUUGGGUCUUCCAGCUUCUGCUAUGAAGGUGUUUCAGGAACUGAUGAAUAUCUAGAUCAACAACAGCAAUAAUGAAUUAUUUUUCAAAAACGCUUGUAUUUCCAAAUUAUUGUUACUUGUUGUAAUAUUAGUAUUUGAUGUGGACUACUGCCAUGUGACUGGUCAAAGAAAAAGUAAGCAGAAAACUUGUGUAACACGUGUCAUGGUAUUAAUGAUGGAUUUUAUUUGCUUGUGGGAGCUUAAAUUAA